UGACAAAAAUGUCAAUUGUCAACAGAAUUGAUAUUUUGACACUUGUGGUUGUGGGACGUUUUUAAUUGGGAGUUUUGUUUUGAGAAAUCAUUUAAUAAGAUCAUUGAAAACUGCACGUAAAUUCUAGAUAUUUGCGUUUUGAACAAUAACAUAGUAAUCUAGAUGUUAGCCAUGAGAUUAGGAAAGUUAGGUUCUCGUAGAAAUAGUGAGUGGAGUUGUUUUGGUUGUAUUCAUGUACGCACAGCUACAAUCAUAUUAGGAAUAUGGCAUUUGUCGCUCCACUUGCUGGCUCUAGUUGUUUUGGCUCUAUUGAUGAGAAAUCAUAACUUGAUGGAACAAAGAGAUCAUCAUGAAGAUUUCCAACAGAAUGAUUUUUUGCCAACUCCUUUGAGCAAAGUUAAAGCUGAUGAGUACCCUUAUUAUUUGCCGACAACCCAGGAUGGAAGAACAAUUUAUUCAUCGGAUAUGGAUUCGGGUGCUCUUGUUACAAUUUGUACCCUGGCUAUCACAUUAUGCAUGCUUUAUGGAACCAUAAAGGGGAAAGCACACCAUUUGCUACCAUUCUUCUGCUUACAAGUCUUCGAUUUUGCUGUCACUGCUUUAACAGCAACAGGGUAUUUUUGUUACCUGAGAUCAAUCCAUCAUAUGGUUGAAGAACAUUGGCAUAAUUUACCGUCCAAGAAGCUACUGCUGUCUUUGAGUCCCCAAAUGUUAUCCAUCGUUGUUUUAUCUACAUUUCUGAUUGCGAUGGCAUGGAAGGCGUGUUGUAUCUCAAUUGUUUGGCGUUGUUAUAAAUUCCUAUCUUUAAAACAACAAAAUAUAAGGAGUACCAUCCACUUUAUAGCUUUUGAUGCUACAGAUGGUCAAAUGUCUGAUCCUGAUUACAGUAGCAUUUUGUGCGGUCAAGAGGCAGCAAUGUGUGGAAGACUAGCCAAACAGACACCACCACCAUCAUACCAGGACGUUAUGGGGGAUCAACCACCACCGUACCCUGCUACAGUAGAGAUUUUGCAGGAAAACAUGAAUAAUCAAUACCAUCUUGCAGUAGCAAUGGAAGGUUUGACCGAGGAAAGAGAGGGGGCUAUUGGAGUAAAUGAAAAUAAUUCAGUUCCACCACCAGCAACGGAGACUAAUAUCCAUGUUGAUGAAAUUGCUCAAGAAGUUGACAAGGUUGGAACAUCCAAAGUGAAUCAGUCGGAAUAGGGAGGUAUGAAAUUUGUUAUUGCAUAGAUAGCAAGUCGAAAACAUUUCCAUUUCACUAUAUGAUUAUAAGUAGAUCAGUAUUUCACAAUGAUUAAAAUAAUGGCCAUCAUUUUAUUGUUAUCGUAUUGAGUACAUUCAAUGUCAUUAUAUAUUUGAAGAAGAAGCAGGAUUUGAGAAUUUGUGUUUGUAUUGGGCAAGUUCCCUCUAUUCGCUCCGAAACUAUUUAUCUACAGUGUUAAUAUUAUCAGGUGUCUAAGUGUUCGAGCAUCGUAUAUUUAUAUAUGUAAAGUUCCUUAUAAAUACUUAAGGAAGGUGUAUAAUCUUAGUUAUAUCUGGUAUCGUGUUGAAAAUUUAACAAAGCGUAAGUUCUAAAGGAAAGAACUUGAACAUGUAGGAAAUUGCAGGUAAAGAAAUUUGUGUGUGAAAUUGACGAUUAUGAUCGUUGGAUUAUUGAAUAAUCCGGUAUUCUUAAUAGACUGUUGGUUCUCUAAUAUCUAACUUAUGAGUAUUCAAAGAAUAGAGCAAUUAUGAUUUAAUUUCUUUUUGUAUAUUUCAAUCUUAUUUCAAUAAAAUUGUUUGAAAACCCAA